AUGGAUGAACAGAAGAGUUCAGAUCACCAUGAACAAUUCUUGCGAGAGAGCGAUCGAAAACCCAAUAAUCUUUCUGGGUCUGAGUUAUCGGAGGGAUCUGUGUCCCCUAUCAAGAAAGCCCUACGGAUCAAGCUGAAACUCUACAGUCACGGUGAUCACGGCGGCGCACCAGAUGAAGAGGGUCAGAACCACAACCGAAGCUUAGUAAAAGAGAAUCGAAUAUGCAAAAUCUGCAAAAAGGGCUUUGGAUCAGGAAAGGCUCUAGGAGGUCACAUGAGAAUUCACGCACAGCCACAGGUGCAGGAGAAGCAGACGCAAGUUCAACUCCAAAAUAACUUCCCAAUCCCUGACAGUAACAACAAGAAAUCGUGGAUUGGCAGUUAUACCUCACCUGGUGGGCCCAUGAACUCGAAGACGAAAACGAUGAUUGAUGAGCGUAGCAGCAACCCUAGCUGUUCUCUUUGUGGAAAAAAGUUCCAAUCGAUGAAGUCGUUGUUUGGUCAUAUGAGAUGCCAUCCUGAGAGGAAAUGGAGAGGAAUUCAACCCCCAACCCCAUUACCAGUUGCUGUUCCUGCAACAGGUCUCAAGAAGAACAGUACUCGUAUUUCCUCCCCCUCUACUCUCUCAGAUGAAGAUGAUUCCUCUGGUGCCUAUCUCCAUUCCGGAAAGUUAAAGACAAACUCGACAGAUGAUGAUCAACUGGGUUCUUCCCUUUCCGCUACCGCAUGCUCAGCUCUUAUUAUUGCAGAACCCCUCCCCACCUGGUCUGUGACUGCGAAAAGGGGCCGCAAAGCCAUCGUUGCUGCUGCUGCUCCUCCCCCAUUCGCAUCCGCUUCGGCUUCGGAGGAGCAACACCCUAUACCCGACAUGGACGCCGCCUAUAAUCUUAUGAUGCUUGCUAACGGCAAAUCACAUUCAAACUCACAGAGAUACAGAAUUGAAAGUCCUAUUCAAACCUUGGGGAACUUGUCAAAGAGGCCAAGAAGCGACGACGACGAUGAGUCAAUAUCACAGUCAGGUGGCGCACGAAACUCAGAAUACCUACCCAGACCCAUACCAAAUUCACCGAGCAGUGGGAGAGUGGGGGAGGAAGAGGAAGAGUUGGGUAGCAAGACCAGUACUUUUUACAGCUCAAUCAUCAGAGGUCAACCAGAUGAGUCGGACCAACUCUCUUGCAUGGUUGAGAUGGUUUUUGAUCAGAAAUUGAAGAAACUGAAUAGGAGGAAAAAGAAAAAGAUGAAGCUCACAGAUCUGGAAAGGGUUGUAGAGAUGGGUCCGAUUGAUUAUAAGCAUCAACAGCAUCAGCCAUUGACAACGACAGUCACUUUGUCGGAUAGAUUCAAGUGCAGGACUUGCAAUAAAACCUUCACCUCACACCAAGCCUUAGGUGGACACAGGUCAAGCCAUAAGAUUACUGAAGAAAAAGAAGAAGAACCAGAGUCACAGACACAGACAGAGUCGCCCCAUCGCUGCAAAAUUUGCAACAAGACAUUCCAGACGGGUCAGGCACUUGGAGGCCACCAGAGGUGUCAUUGGGUGAGUACAGCCGAAGCAGCUCCGUCCAGCUCCGUUGCGCCGCCGCCGGAGGAUAUCAUCAGUAAGACAGGGCGUGUGAUGUUAGAUUUCGACCUGAACGAGUUGCCAGUGUCAUCAUCCAUGGAAGAAGAUGAUGAAGUUAUCAAUUCAGUCUGUUUCACUCAAUCUGUGAGUAUAGGCAUCGCCAUUACUAAUAGUAGGCCAGGGCAGGCAGCUGAGCAAGCAUCUUCUUCCAACAAUUCGGCAACAGAGACUGUCCAGAAACUUCAUUUGUGCACCUUCUAUAGUUGA